AUGAUACGGACUGUGGGCAGGGGCUUUAAGACCCACGCGGUGCUGGGGGCGCAGUGGGGCGACGAAGGCAAGGGCAAGCUGGUGGACGUGCUCGCCUCCCAGAUGACCCUCUGCGCGCGGUUCAAUGGGGGCAGCAACGCGGGCCACUCCGUCAAGGUCGGCAAUCGCAACUUCGCCUUCCACCAGCUGCCCUGCGGCAUUCUGAACGCCAGCUGUAAGAACCUGCUGGGCAACGGUGUGGUGCUGGACGUGAAGGGGCUGAUGGACGAGCUGGACGCGAUCAAGGAUAUCGACUGGAAGGGGCGGCUGUUCAUUUCGGACAGGGCGCAUGUGGUCACCCAGGCGCAUAAGAAGCUCGAUGAGGCGAAGGAGCGCACCUCUGAAAGCAUCGGGACCACCAAGAAGGGCAUCGGCCCUGCCUACUCCUCCAAGGCCUCGAGGGUGGCGGUCCGGGCAGGCGAUCUCCUGCACUUCCCCACCUUCAAGGAAAAAUACCACGCCCAGCUGAAAUUCCUGGGCUGCGAGGCUGACAGCUAGGAGCUGGCCUAUCUGGAGAAGGCAGCCAAGCUGAUGGCCGACCAGGGCAUGAUCAUCGACGGAGUGUCCUUCAUCCAUGAGCAUCUGGCCAAGCCCGGCUCAUAAGUGCUCUUCGAAGGGGCGAACGCUUUGAUGCUCGACCUGGACUUCGGCACCUUUCCUUACGUGACUUCUUCGAGCUGCAGCGUGGGAGGGAUCUGCACAGGGCUGGGGGUGCAGCCGCGGCACAUCACCAAUGUCUACGGAGUGGUAAAGGCCUAUACCACUCGGGUGGGGCUGGGCCCUUUCCCCACGUAACUGAAGGAUGACACUGGAACGCACCUGCAGAAGGCUGGCCACGAAUUCGGCACCACGACGGGUAGGUCCCGACGGUGCGGGUGGCUGGACCUGCCCCAGCUGCGCUACUCAGCCCGGCUGAACGGCUACACCCAGCUGAACCUGACCAAGCUCGACGUCCUAAACGGCCUCAAAUCGAUAAAAGUGGCAACCAAAUACCACCUGGCCAACAAGCCUCUCGACCACAUGCCCUCCUCGCUGGGGGACUACGACCAGGUUCACGUGGAGUUCAGGGAGUUUGAGGGGUGGAACUGCGAUCUGAGAGGGAUCACGAGCUAUGCCGACCUGCCGCACCAGGCCAAGAAAUAUGUCGAGUUCCUGGAGCAGGAACUGGGCGUGCCUGUGCGCUGGAUUGGCACGGGGCCGGAUCGCGCUGACACUAUCGUCAAAUGA